GAAUGUAUUUCUUGCUGCAGAAGAAUCUUGACUUUGAUCGAAGAGGAGGAACUUGGGCAAGAUUCCAGUGAAGAAUCUGCGGUGCCAGAAAGAAACCUCCUCGACUAUGUUUAUCAAUCUAUCAAAACUGACAGACGUGGUGAUUUUGUAAAAAAAAUGGGAGAAGCUCAAGAGUUUAGUGACGAAGUGAAAAAAGCUCUCAGAGCAAUUGGAGGAGAUUAUGAAACAUUCUUAAGAACACUGGACAGUGUGUUUGAAGCCAACAAAUCCAUAAGGAGCGUAUACAGCCUACAUACUGAGACUGACUUCAGUAUCGCUAGUAAAGCAAUCAAAGUUGCAAAAGAGAAGGGCUUUGAAGCAGAAGCAAGCUGUUCUAAAAAAGACGAUGAAGGUGAAGUAGAUGGACCAAAGAUAAUAAUGAAUUUUAUGACGAAUAAACCCUCAGCUGGUUAUUUUCUCCUCGGUAGCCUUAAAGCUGUAGCUAACCGAGUUUAUAACUGUAAUGCUGAUUUUGAUCUAUCCAUCACUGAAGAAAAAGAACAGAGUUAUAACUUUAGUUACAUACUGCAGAAUAAUGUGCGCAAAAUUGAAGAAGAAGAACCACUCGAUUUCUUAAGAAAUUCAGAAUUACCAGAGGACUUGCCAAUACCUGUAGCAAGCUUUUGUGAAAUAUUUCCAUGGCAUUUGGUGUUGGAUGAUAAGCUAGAUAUUAUUCAGCUUGGCAUUGGAUUCGGACGAUUAAUUGGGCAUCACAUUGACUCCUUUGGAGUGAAUGUGACAACAUAUUUUGAUUUUAUAAGUCCCUCAGGUGUUAUUAUUGAUUUUUAUGGUAUAAUGAAGAGGUCCAAUUCUAAUUUUACCUUGAGUUUAAAAGAAACUUAUGGACAGGAGGUGGAAGUGAAAGGGCAAAUGAUCUUAUGUGCUGAAUCUAACACAUUAUUUUAUAUUGGCACGCCAUGCGCUGAUGGCUUAGAGAUUUUGAACAGUAAAGGACUUUUUAUAUCAGACAUCCCACUGCAUGAUGCUACUAGAGAUGUCAUUCUUGUAGGAGAACAAGCAAGAGCACAGGAUGGAUUAAGAAGAAGAUUGGAUAAAGUCAAAAGUUAUAUCGAAGAAGCCAGUGAUGCAGUUUCCAGAGAAAGAGAGAGAAAUGUGCAAUUAUUACACCUAAUAUUUCCACCUGACAUAGCAGAACGCUUAUGGCUUGGAAGGUCCAUUGAAGCAGAAACAUACAAAAGUGUAACUAUGCUUUUCAGCGAUAUAGUAGGCUUCACUUCAAUCUGCUCAACUGCUACACCAUUUAUGGUCUGUAAUAUGCUUGAACGCCUAUACAAACAAUUUGAUCAUUUCUGCAGCCAAUUUGAUGUAUACAAGGUUGAGACUAUUGGAGAUGCUUAUUGUGUCGCAGCGGGUAUACAAAAACCAGAAGAUUCUAACCAUGCACAAAGAAUUGCCUGGAUGGCAUUAAGUAUGAUUGAUGUUUGUCCUACUCACCAUGACCAUGAGGGAAAAACAAUAGAGAUGCGUAUCGGUAUUCACACUGGGACUGUAUUGGCUGGAGUUGUAGGUGUUAAAAUGCCACGAUAUUGUCUUUUUGGUCACAAUGUAACUUUGACAAACAAAUUUGAGUCAGGAUCACAACCUCUAAGGAUAAAUAUAAGCCCUACUACACAUGAAUUAUUAAGAGAGAGUGAAGGAUUUACUUUCCAACCAAGAGAAAGAAAGUAUUUACCCAAGGAAUUCCCUCCACAUAUUGCAGGAACAUGUCACUUUUUAUUGGGUUACUACCAUCCCGGACUGGAUCCUUCUGCUCCAGCUAGUGAACAUAUUUCACGAGGCGCAAGAAGUCUAGGUUUAGGAAAACAAAAGCCAGAACUGAAGUAUAAUGUGGCAGAACAUUGAGACUUAUAAUUCAAGAACCUAUAUUUUUUAUAUCAAUAUUUUAUAUAGUGAAUUCCAAUGUUUAUUUCAUUCUUUGCAGUGCUAUUGUGUAUGAUAAUAAUCAACAUGUAAAUUUUAUUGAGGAUACAUGGAGCAGCUACCUAAAAGGCAAAAGCUCAUGACAAUGGUUUUCCAUAAAUUAACAACAGUUUAAAACUGUUUAAAAAAUAAAUAAAUAAAAUAAUAAUAGGGAGCAAUACAACAACAUUGCAUGGCUGCUCAACUAUGUUGAGUUACUAAACAACACAGCAUACUCAUAAAUCAAUAGAUAAUACUGUAAAAAUAUAUAAGACAGAGUUACGUCAGACCAUUGGAAUAAUGAUGUAUUGAUUAAGAAAUGUAAUGAUCAAUAACUUAGUAUUUACUUUGCAAUUACAAGUGUAGUUAUUGAAAAACUAUCUUUUAACUAACAUUAAACAAAGUUAUACAGUUUAUCAAUAAAUCAUUUUGAAAUCAACCAGGCAGAAUUAACUGUCUUUAAGUUACCAUUUUAUUUAUUUAAUUUUUAAUAUUUUAGUUAUUACAAGUUCUGCUUUAUGAUACAAUAUUAGCAAUUUAAUGAUCAUUCAAGAAACUAAAAAAAAAAUUAAAAUUAAACGUACAUAUAAAAAUAUGUUAUACUUUUCAUUAUUGUAUCUGUUUUAUUUUAUUUUCAGUCACAUUGGAGUAUUAAAUUACUUUAUAAAUAGCUUUAUACAGCAAGCCAAGUUCUUAUUUUUUCAACAUUCUUAUUACGUGGUUGUUUUUAUUAGUAUUUUUUUAUAUUUUUCUCAUUAUCCGUACUUGUUUAAUACACUGUUUUUUCUUUUUCAAGUCUUAGUUAUUUCUGUAUAUUGAUAUAUUUUGUGAAUUGUAGUGCUAUUUUUUUCUUACUUGAAAUUAAAUUCAUUUUACAAUCCAAUCAUACUCAUGUGAGAAAUAAUUUAUAAAAUGUGAGUAAAAAGACCUGAAUAUGAACAAAUCACAUAGUAGAAAGUACUACUAAGUACUGGCUGAAAAAGCCAGGGAAGCCUAUCCUCCCCAUGGUCGAUGGUGCAUGAACCUUUCCCCUCUACUCCCAAGAUAUUUUAUUACUGUCCUCUUAAAAAUUAUGAUGGUGCAAUUUGCGCCAUGAAACCUUCUGGGCACCCCUACUUUCAGCCAUCAUUACUGGAAAUCUAACAUGUAUUCAUUUUGUAUAGUUAAUCAAAAAAUUACUUGUCGAACAAACUUAUGUUUUUCUACAAAAUAAUAAUAUUAAUUUUAAUUUAUUUAAUUAUUUUUAAGUUUUAAACUGUGUUAUAAGGUUUGGUAAAACAUAGAAAGUGUUAAUUUACUUAAACAUUUUUUAUGUUUAUUUCAUUAAUUGUUUUCAAUAUUAAGAAACAUUCCUGAACUUAAACUUAAUAUUAUGUACCCACUACAGUAAAAGCUGUAAUAUGUAUUCCUGAGCAGUGGAUUAGUGCUGCAUAAGAAAACAAUGGUACAUUAAACCUUCUGCUCAUUGUGACAACUUUCCAUCAGUGUUGAACAUUUUGAACUGAAUUUUUAUUGAGUGAUUUUACACAAAGUCAUAGAUUUUGCGUUUAUUUUAUUUUUUAUCGUUGUUUAAUGAUAACAACUGACACAAAAAACAUGUUAAGUAGAUAGGUUCACAUAGUUUUAAUGAACUAUAGGUUGUUCACAAACAUAACAUUGCCUGAAUUUUCACAACCAGGGUAGUUCUAUCAACAUAAUUAUUAUUGAUCAUAAAUACAGUAUCAAAUGAUGAAAAUCAAAACAGGUUUCAAUAGUAGGUGAGAGUUUUAGUUCUAAAUCCACAGUGAAUGUACCUAUUUAUUAAAUUAACCAACAUAGUCUAAUUUGGCCAAUGCCAAAUCACAGUUCUCCUGUUCUCUAUCUUUAUUUUUUACUAUUUCCGUAUAAGUGUUAACUUGUUACAAAUUUUAUGGCUGUAUUUGUAUGUUUUUUUUUUUUGUUUUUGUUUUUUUUAUGUAAUGCCACUGUUUCUGAAAUCUGAUUUUUUAUUGAUUUACCAUGGUUUAUCAUCUUUCUCAUAUAUUUUGAAUUAUCUCAUGUUAAAGAAGUGGGCAAUAAGAAUAUAGUAACAUAUAAAGCUAAUAUUCUCACAAUAUCGAAUGAUUUUUCAUCAUUGAUGAAAAUAAUAUGCAAUUUUAAUAACAUCAAACCAAAGUUAAUUUAAAAUUGAAACAAAAACGAGAUACUUUAGACUAGAAUUAAGUGGAAGGCAGGAGAUCGGGGUUAUUACCCAUCAGCAUUGAGUCAGAGGAAGAACCUCAUGAACUGCAUUUAUUGUUUAGACUAAAAAAAGGCAAACAAGUUUGUUAAAUUGUAAUUUAAAAUUUAUAUCUUAAUUCCAAAUUGAUAUAAAACAGAUUUUACAAGGAGUAUUGAUUGUUGCUGGAUCAAUCUGAAAAGUGCAUAAAUUAUUUCUUCUUUCUAAAGGAAAGCCGAAAUUCAAAAGUGUUUAUUCUUAAAACUAAAUUACUAUGGAUUUGUUAAAAAACAAUGUUAUCACAUUGAUUUUUAGUAAAAUGCUACAAAAAAUGUUUUCUCGACUAAAUCAACAGAAUGAAAUAAUUUAAGAAUAAGCAAAACUAUAAAUUUCACUUUUCCAGUCUAUAUUAAGCAUUUUUAUUUAUUGUACAUACAAAUCUUUUGAUGUUGUUUGGGCUGAACAUGUUAUCCACUCAGCAUUUGUAUUAUAAGUUUUGCCAUUCAGUAAGUCUCUUACUUUGGUUAUUGUCAAAACUAUUUUAUCCAUAGGAAUUAAAAUAUUUGUUAGUUACAGAAGAAAACUGUGAAUAAGUGUUUUACUAAUUAGAUCUUCUUAAUUAUGUGUUAUAAAUGUAAAAAAUCAAACCCAGAUGUUGUAAUAAUAAUUUUAUUAUAAAUAAGCAGAUUUUUAUUUGACUUAAAUGGGUGUAGAAGUCUAUGUUUGUAUAUUUCAGAUAAUAUUAUUGUAAAAUGUUAGAUAUGCUUGUUUCUUUGUUAAAUGUGCAACAUUCCAAUAAUCUUUUCAAUGUUAGUGUAAUAAGGAAAGUUCUAAAUCACUGAAUAAGGAACAUCACAUAGUAAACAAUUAAACAAGUAGUAAGUGUUGGCUAAAUUGUAAAAGCCGUUAAAAUUGUAAAAGUGAUCUUGUUAAGUGUUACAUAGUCUAUCUUUAAAAUAAAACAGCCCUAACUAUUCAUAAACUAUAGCUAAUUAAAGGAAAGGAAAUAAGAUCAGAAAAAAAUCUGUUAACACAUCAACUGGUUAUUUGUAUUUUAUCUAACCUAACACAGAAAUAUUUGUGUAAGAUGUGAACAUUUUAACUGUAGGAAAGCCUUCUGUAUGAAAUUGUCUUUUCAAUCUUAUUUCAAAUCUACGAAUGGGCUUAUAUUAGAUCAUUGGUACUUUCUCAUUUAAAACAUUACCUUGACCUAAAUGUAUGUAUAUAAUUAUAUGAGAUGCCAGAAUCAGCAACAAAAAAUUUAAAUUUUAAUUACUGUUAAUUAUAAUUUCUAUUGAACUUACAUAAUAAAAAAUUUAUUUCAAAAUAUGUAACAUAAUAUCUGACAUUAAGAAAUUUUCCUCUCUUUCAGACUAUUGAAUUUAUUUCAAUCAUAAUUUGUAUUUAAAGAAGUUUUUAUGUUUUUUUCU